AUGGUAAAAGGAACCCUCCGCAAUCACUCCAAUAUCGGGCCUAUAUCAAAGAAAGCGACAUUUCCUUGUCUUCGAAUUAGCUUCACUUCGCUCACUUUUCCCCUCUCAUUCCUACUCAUCGCCGCGCUUCUGGUGAACGAAAUCGAUGCAAAAGUCGUCCGGAAAGAUGAGCAGACUCCACCACUUUCCCCGGUGACAAAAGAUUCGGCGGGAGACUCGCUUGAAGUCCUUCCCGUCUUCGUUCGUAAAGCAAGUGCCCGAUCGAUCAAUGUAAUCACGAUUGAAAAAGAGCCGCAAGUUUCCGGAGCACGAGUCGAAUCUCCAUCCGACUCGACUUCCGAGGCAAUCUUUUUAGGACACACGGAAAAAGGCGAAUCAAUCGUGGUCCCGAAUCGAAUUGUUCAAUACACUCUUUACGGUUUUUGGUUGGAUGAAGUGGUGGCGAUCGCUUUCACUGUCACAACUUGCCUGGAACCCGGUUACCUCUUCGAGCAAAAGGAUUUCUCUCUUCAAACUGAUAAACGGAUUACGUUAUAUGGACAAUUCCAGAGUCAUGAGACCGAGAUUCGUCUUUGUAUCAAAAAUCGCUCAAAAGACAAAACAAUUGCGAAUCAAUUCGAAGAAGUUGUCGAGCAUCGAACUUGGCUUUCAACCAAAGUCCCGCCAAGGAAAUACUAUUUUCCGUUUGCUGUUCAGGUGACAAUUCUCGCGUGUCUUCUCGUCUUAUCCGGUCUCUUUUCGGGGUUAAAUCUUGGCCUAAUGGCUCUGUCCACUCAGGAAUUGUUACUGAUUAUGAAAUCUGGCUCAAAAACCGAGCGCCGCUACGCCGAGACAAUUUUGCCGAUUCGCGAGCGCGGAAAUUUACUGCUUUGUACAUUGCUACUUGGAAACGUUUGUGUGAAUUCGGGUAUCUCAAUCCUUCUCGAUGAUCUCUCAUCCGGUCUUGUCGCUCUCGUUGUCUCUUCGGCGGCUAUCGUCAUCUUUGGAGAGAUUUUCCCGCAAAGUCUUUGUGUUAAAAAAGGUUUGGCUGUGGGUGCGCACACGAUUUUCAUCACUCGUUUCUUCAUGGUUCUCACUUUUCCCGUCGCUUUCCCGAUCUCAAAAAUUUUGGAUUGGAUUUUGGGUGAUGAGGUGGUCGCGUAUGACCGGAAACGACUCAUGGAAUUGAUCAAGAUGAACGCGAAAGAUGAGAACGGAUUGGCUGAAGAGCUGAAAAUUGCUGUUGGUGCGAUGGAGAUCUCGGACAAAACCGUUUCCGAUGUGAUGACGAAAAGUGAUGAUGUGUUUAUGUUGCCCGAUACAACUGUGCUCAACACGAAAACGGUGGCCGAGAUUCUGCGAAUGGGAUACACGAGGAUACCCGUUUAUUCGGGAGAUAGGAAUCACGUGGUAUCGCUUCUUUUCGUUAAAGACUUGGCUCUACUCGAUCCGGACGACAAUUUCACGAUUCAAACCGUUUGCGGAUAUCAUCAACAUCCAUUGCGAUUCGUUAUGCAAGAUACGCCGUUAAGAAUGAUGUUGGAAGAGUUUAAAAAGGGUGACUACCAUUUGGCGAUGGUUCAAAGAAUCGUUUGCGCUGAGGACACUGAUCCAACGUAUGAGCUGGUUGGAGUGGUCACACUGGAAGAUAUUGUUGAAGAGAUUCUUCAGGCCGAAAUCGUUGACGAGACCGACGCCGUCACCGACAAUGUUCACAGAAUUCGGAGACGUGGAGCACAGGCCACCGACUUAAGCUAUUUGGUGGCCAGCGAGGAGCCGUCCAGAGUCAUUUCUGUGCAAAUGUUGCUCGUCACAAUGCAGUGGCUCACAACAAAUCAUCAAGCUUUCACUCAAGUGAUGAUCUCACAAUCAGUUCUGGAGAAGUUGAUACGACAAAAUGUGAAGAGGGUGGAAUUAACCCAUCUACCCGAUAUGUAUGAUCCAAAGACGGUGAUCCCUAGAACGGCAAAAAUCUACACGAAAGGCGAGAACACCGAGAAAUUUGUGUUGAUCCUCGAGGGACGAGCGCUGGUCACGAUUGGACAGGAUGAGAUGACUUUUGAAGCUGGCCCAUGGCACGCUUUUGGGACGGAACUCUUGGAGAGAAUCUGCGAGCACAUGAAGACAGAUCGACCUCUAAAUAGCAGUCGUUGCUCGCUCACCGAUCGCGCCGACGGGAACAAGGAAAAGAAAAUCGGCUUCACGCCGGAUUAUUCGGUGAUCGUUCGCGACGAUUGCACUUUUUUGGAAAUCUCAGCCACUUCGUAUCAACUCGCCUACAAAACGACGCUCAUUUCGAGGGGUCCAAGACCGUCAGUUGGCGAGGGAGCCACCCCGUCGAUGCACAGCCCGCUUCUCCCGUAUCCACGGACUGGGUCACAGACCUCCGUUGACCUCGUCACGCCCAAGGGACCCAGAGAUAAUUUCCUUACCGCGCUCUUCACCGCCGAGACCGAUGCCGAGAGGGCACAAAAAUUCGAAUUGGAUCCAAUUGCUCGCUUGAAACGAAACGGCAAUGCAAGCACAAAAAUGAGAUCGUCGAGCGAAAGUGAACAGCACGAACUCAUCCCGCGUGUCGAUUUUCUGUCUCCCCGUGAUGGUUCGCUGUUUUCCGAGGACUCGGCUCUCUCCGACAAU